AUGAUGAAACAAGGCAGGCAUCCUCAUUUGCUCGACGUGGCCUCGAUCCCCAGGUCCCCGCAGAAGAUGUGUGGUCACUACACGCAUCGCAACCACCCAUGGUUAUUAUCACGUAUGGCAGACGUAUUCCGAGCAGAGAGCUCAUGCCUUAAAGAAAGUCAUCCCAUAGCAACCGACCCUGUAUGA